CCAGAGAGGAUAUGUGCGGAUACAAGCCUCUGCCGGCUAAUUACAACAGUUGGUUAGCGCCGCUGCACGCAGAGCGAUUGAAACGGCUGGGGGAAAAACUGCUGGUUCUAAAACUUAAAAUGAAGAAGCGACCAAUGAUUAUAGGACUGCAUUUGUUCGCCGACGAUGUAGAUGGAUUGAGGCAUUGGGUAGAAUUGCUCUAUCAAAUUGCAGCUCCGCACUCGUAUGGAGAGAAAAUAACGUUUUUUGUGGACGAUCUUUGGGCUGCAUAUGCUUUUGACCUGAACGGAUUCUCCUUAUGGCGUGGUCACACUAGCUUCUCCAUUCAAUCGCCUCCAUUGAUUUUUGGAAUAAGUGCAGCUGGUAAGGUACAUUUUUUAGGUAGUGCCAAAGGACCGAAAACGCCAUGCUUGGAAAAUCUUCAGGCAUUUUGUGACCAAUUGCUGACUGAAUCAAUAGAACAAGAGUUGGGAUUUGAGGAUUGGCUGCCUGUGCCGGAUGUAGACUUAUCCAACUUUAAUGAACUCAUUUACGGGGAGCAAGCGGACCUUGUUAUUUGUUUCUACAAUUCUCAAGAGCUUGACAUGGAUGAGACUAGGGAGUUUCUAGACGAUUUAUGUAGACUUGCCGCAAAAUUGCAGAAUGAGCAAGUAAAGAUAUUUAAAAUGAAUGUACACAAAAGUUUGCCACCCAAAAAGUUUCCCAUAAAAUCGUUUCCAUCCAUGUUUUUGUUACCCAGGCAUCGGAAACAAAGUCCCAUACGCUGUCAUUAUCCAAGGCAACGGAUUGAAAGCAUGCUAAAAGCUGUUGCUCAGCAUUCAAGCGAAGAGCUCAAUUUCUAUGAUCGACACACGCUGCGAAAACUGCACGUAGAUUUACUUGUGCACAUACGAAACUAUCUCAAGGAGGAAAACUACGAAUUAGUAAAACGAUAUAUUUUUAGUAGCGAGUAACACUUUUCGUGUAACGAUAAUAAUAAGUAAUAAUUUACUUCAAAAUAACUUUUAAUGCCAAAUAGCUACGAGUUUAAACAGC